AAGUGGAAGCUUUUCCAAGUAGCUAUUGCGUGCUGUCGGCCAUGUAGAACAACUAGCAUUCCAAAUUGCAAAUGCUGUUGAUUCAGUUAUUCCGCAUCACGCCAAUCAUGGUACAAGAGAUCUUCAACACUCAGUAUCAAUAAAACAACAUGCUAGUGCGCAUUAGUUUAUAAAACCGUUCGGGAACGCACUCGGACAGACGUAAUCAAUUAGUGCAGUUGUCGUGUAUAGUUCCAAUGUCGCGGUUCGACCGUCUCCAUGGAGGCAGGCGCGCGCGGUAACCGUGACGACCAUUGCUUGCCGACGCUCAGCCUCGGACUGUCCAGCGUUAGACUCAUUGUCAACAAGUUCGAGCAAGGCACCGCUCGUCUCGCUGCUGACACAUCCGAAACCGGCCGUGAACUUGUCGCGUACGACCCAAACGUCGUCGAAAGCGACGAUGACUCCUCUCUCGGCCCGAGAGAUCGAGUCCUGCGUCGAUUCUUCGUGAACUUAGGGUUUGCUCUGAGCAAAUGUGUACCUAGUGUGACGUUUGGAAACUUUACUAUCCUUUCCCUAAUCAUCGGAUUCCUCGCCCCAAGGAUGAUAUCUUAUCUGGUGCUGUAUCCGUUUUGCAGAUUGGUAUUCGGGACCCUCUACCCGGCUUACGCUUCAUAUAAAGCUGUACGGACGAAGAACUUGAAAGAAUACGUAAAAUGGAUGAUGUACUGGAUAGUUUUCGCACUGUUCACGUGCACGGAGACGUUCACGGACGUGUUCCUGUCGUGGUUCCCGUUCUACUACGAGGUGAAGAUUGUACUCGUGCUGUGGCUCCUCUCGCCUGCUACCAAAGGCUCCUCCAUUCUGUACAGGAAGUUUGUACACCCGGCGCUGUGCAGGCGAGAACAGGAGAUAGAUGAGUACAUAGCAAAGGCCAAAGACCAGGGCUAUCACACAGUGCUCAACCUGGGCACCAAGGGCGUGAACUACGCCACCACAGUUAUUAUGCAGACAGCCAUUAAGGGUGGAGGAGGUUUAGUGCAACAAAUUCGCAAGAGCUACAGUCUGUCCGACUUGAGCGAGUGCGAGGUCCGCGACGAGCGAGGGGCCGACGAGGCCGACGAUGUCUUGGCCGAGCCUAGAAUGAUCCGCCGCGUCGUUAAGAGCGGUUACAACACUCGCCGCAGCGCGUCCGAGUCCAACAGCCGAACACCAAUGUAUUUCCCAGAGGUGGACGUUGAUGUCAGGGGUCCGCGGGCCGCACGGGCUGACGAGCCAGAUUUUAGCCACAUCAAAUCAACUGAAGACAUAAGCUCCGGCUACUCCAGCGCGGACAACUCCGCGUCGCUGACGCGCACGGGCUCGGUGGGCGCGGCGGCGCGCGCGCGCGCGAGGCCCGCGCGCACGGCCGUCACCGCCAUCAAGCGCCCGCAGGCUGCCGAGGACAACGAAGUAUUCAUCGAGGAGAUUCCAGACGACGAUAGUUUUGAAUAUUCGAAUAUGCCCCCCUUAGUCAAUCUCCCCUCUCACCUUUUCCUCUCCCAUACUGAUCCUCCCUUUAUAUAUCAAUACGAAGGAGAUGAAGUCAGAAUAAUACAAGUCUUAGGAAAUUAUCCUUUAGGUACAAAUUUUAAUCAAUCCAAUUAUAUGAGGGACCAAAAUAAAAAUAUUAUUGAUGAAAAUUCCGAAAAGAAACUUUCGCCAGACAAAGAACCUCAGGAAAUAUUUGAAAACGCAGAGGAGGAUAUAGAUAACGCAAAAGCAGUGAAAACAAAUGAAAGUGAAGAGUUAACUGCAACUGAAAAUGAUGACAAUAAUAAUAAAACUAACGAACUAUCAAAGACGGAAAACGUUCAGACUACAAUAAAUGAUCAAAACGUAAUGGGUUGUAAAAAGACAGAUCUUGAAGAAAAGCCUGAAAAUACGCUGGAUGAUGAAAUUAAUAUAACAAAAGAUGAAACUAGUGCAUCUAAACAUGAAAUCAUUAUACCUCAAGGUGAAAAUAAUGCAUCUGCAGAUGAUAUGAAUGUACUCAAAGUUGGAACUAAUUCAUCUAAAGAUGAAAUUAAAGAGUCUAAAGAUCAAAUGUGUACAUCUAAAGAUGAAAAAGCUGAUUCUACUAGCCUAGAUACAUCCGCUUAUGAGAAUGAUUCCGCAGAAAGCGACGACGAAGCUUCUUUUGGAACACCAGAGGACUCUCCCAGGAGUAAACGUAAAUCUAAGUCACCUAAAGGUAAAUAUGGGAAAGGUAGGGCACCUCCACCACCACCACCACCACCUAAAGCAGAUACUACAGAAGGUACAUCUGAAGCUUUAAAGGGUGGUAAUGGAACGCGUAGCUCAAUCGGCACAACUUCGCUAGAAAGCCUGAAUGACAUCCUGAGCAAUUUACCAAAUAGACCUCUUAAAGAAAUUAGUUCACAUCAAACUUUGCAGGUUGUUAAUCCAAUAGCGGAAAAGAAACGACGUCACAAAUCGAAAUCACCCAACAAAAUCCCUAAAGGGAAUACUUCAGGGAUUGGCAAACUGUUACAACUGCCAAGCAAAUUAGCAUUCUGGCAUAAAAGUGACGAUAAAUCUAAAACCGAUACUACAUCAAUGUCAUCGAGGUCCCGCUCGCACAGCAGAAGGUCAUCUGGUAAUGACCAACAAACUGAUUAUCAAAGUUAUGUUGACAUAAAUACGCCAUUCGAUACACCUAAAGAGGAUGCGCAAUCUAUCGCCGAUGACCAAGUUAGUUUUGUAGACGCUGCCGAUUUUGAAAACGAAGUCAUAUCACAUGACAUUAUGGAAAAGAGUGAUGCUCUACAAAAGUUGAUCGAAGCGAAAAUUGAGAGCCACCCAGAAUAUAAGUUCGUUUCGUUGCACGAUGAUAUUCCGACUGCAUCGAAAAGUACAGAUGUCUGAAGACUCUGAAGCCUUCCUAUAUCCUAUUUUCUCGUUGCAGCAGCGCGACCGGAACGCAAUGCUGACGGCUUCUUCUACCAUACCUCGCACAAAAAAGUCCAAUAAAAGGAAAACUCAAUAGACACGACACCAACUAAACUUCGUACUUUGUUGACUGGCUAUAGUCUGGUUAUUAUGAGCUCUCUUUACAUACAGGAAACCGUCUGUAUUAAAUUUCAUGCUUUAGCAAAUUUAUUGCUUAGCAAGUUUUAUUCGUAGAAACACAAUGCUUGCAUACUCGAAAGUAUGCCAGCUCUGAGAUUUGUGUUCUUCCAAACUUAGAGAAUUAUAUGUUAUGAUUUCUUCAUGCUUAUAUACAUCUUUUAAUACGAUAUGUAAGAAAUAGAGCCGUAUGUCGUCCUUUUCGACUUCAAAUUGUUAGUUUAAUGUAUUUAAUUUUUGAAAUUUACGAAUAGGUAGGUACUAAUCGUAAAUUGAAAAGUCCGUGAGCUGUUAGAAGUUCAUUCGACAGGAUGUUCCAGUUAGGGACACGUCUAAAAAAGACCCGUAUGAUGAAUAUUUAACAUCUUAUGGACUGUACGUUUGCUGUAUAGCAUUCAAUAUUUUUUGCGGACGCACACUAAGUAAUAAGUUUGUAACGGCACCAAAAAUUCUAGUGAAAGUAUGCUCAACACGAUGCAAGUAUUCAUUUAAGCAUGAAAUGCACUGUUUACAAAUUUUAUUUAUGAGAACUUAAUUCUCAAUAAUGUUGGUUACUAGUAUUUCUAAUUACUUAAUCAGAUGAAUUAUUUCUUAACUAAAUUAACGCCAUUAUCAAGGAUUACAUCGGAGCCUGGCGAUUAUAAUUUUAGCCAAAAUUUGCCAAAUGUGAAACAUUAAACGACUCGACAAUUACUAAAGGAAUUAUGCUUGUUGUAGUUAUAUCUAUUACUUAGUAUUUAAUGCAUAUUGCAAAGAAAUAACUAGUCUGCCGUUAAUGCAUAUACAUAUAUAGAUGUGCUAAGACUGCUUUAGGGUGGUAUUCCAUCUGUCCAAUGUCUUUGCAUCUCACUCUCUCAUUAUGCAAAAUGUGAGACAAAAUACACAUUCGACAAAUAAAUUGGACAGGUGGAAUACCACCCUAAGUCAAAAAAUAAUUGGUGGAGUUGGAAUUGAGGGAUCGCUAGGUGACGCAGAGUAUGGGAUCAAAAACUAAGCUUAGAUUAAAAGCUCCAUGCAGAUGUCGCCACUGAGGUAUGUUUCUUGUCGGCGCCAUCUAGUGAAACUUCUAAUUUGCAACGAUUUCUUAUUCGACUUGGCACGUCUGCAGUAAGAAUAUCAUAAUUUAUUAAGGUCUUCACGAGACUUAGCAAUCUUAGCAUCUUACUUGAGUGAUGCAGGGUGUGUGUGAAGGGAUUAUUUUGAUAUUAGUACCAAAUGUAAAGUUGGAUGUACGGACUGUGGUUGUACUCGUUAUGUGAUAUAAUAGCCAUUGAUGUUUGUGAUGAUGAACUAUGAUUCUGGGAGCCUCGACGAUACGAGGGUGUCUUACAUGAAAUAAAUGAUGGUUUACGAACGCCCGUUCCAUGGAAACGUCUACUACUAAACGGAAGUCUUUUUCCAACUCCUUUUAUUAGAAAGAUAUUUCUGCUUGGAUUACGUUUUCUUGAAACGGGAACUGGGGGCCCAUAUCUGGAAUGUUACACAUUUUGUAUUACAAAUUAUUCAUGGCGAUUCAUUCUAAAUGUAAAUGAUAAGAUUACCAGAUGAUGAAAAUAAUUGUGUCGCUUAACUUCAAACUCGGGUAAAUCCAUUGGACCCUCUCAGCAUAUAUCUACCCUAUUACGUUUUCUUAAUACCAAAAUCGCAUAAUCUGACAGAUGGAUUUACCCGAGUUUGAAGUUAAGCGACUCAAUUGUAAACGCUAAACUUGUGUAAAAGUCAAGUGUAAAAGUAUGGUUGCGCUCAUCAUACUCAAAAAUAUGUCCCAUAGCUGUUUAAGUCUGCGAAUUAACCCUUUACCAGGCUGAUAGUUCAAAAAUAGCCAUCGAAUGUCAGUCUUACUGAUCGAAAAUAGAACACAUGUUUGAAGUGCCGUAUGUGGGAAAUAUAUAUCCCUUAGCCUGGUACCUAAAGGGUGAAGAACUAUGGGACAUAUUUUUGAGAAAUUAUAAUUAUGCGCACAUAUUUUUACACUUGACUGUUACAUUACUAUUAGAAUUGUACUUUUCAUUGUGGGCUCUUGAAAUACUGACUUUUUUUCGUCUAGUUAAAACAGAAAUAUCUCAAUUGAACACUGUAAAUAUUUAGCAAAGUACUAUGCAUAAUACACUGAUUUAGAGGUAAUUUUAUAGAAUUUAGCUGUUGAAUGGAAACCUAUUGUUGUGCAUAAUACUAUCCUGAACAAUGUUUGUGUAUGUAGGUACUCCAAAUUCAGUAUUUCUUUAAUGGUCAAGUUCCUAGGAAAUUAAAUGUGUUAAAUAUAAUUUUUCUUCUUCCUGGAUACAUGUAUGUGUAUGUACAUAAUGGAGGGUAUAAAGCUGUUUGUUAUUGGCACCCUAACUGUAAUCUAAAAGGUUUAAUGUUAUUGAAGUAAAUUAUUAGUGUCAAUAUU